AUUUUUUAUCAUCAAUUGAAAACAUCGUUAUUAUUUAACAAAUAUCAUGAAAUAAAAUAAAAUUUCAAUUGUUUUAUAUUUUAAGCCAAGGUACCUACAAAUUGAUGUACAUCUCCCAAAAGUAAGGUCUCCAAAAUAAUUAUGAUAAAAUAUAUUUAUAUUUAAAGAAUGUUUUACAUGAUUACACAUGAAUUGUUUUUCCACAUUAUCGCAUUAUACUCCUACAUGGAUAUAUUUUUCAUAAGAAGUUUCAGUAGAAGUUUUUAUAUGCCAGCCUCAUUGAAACUCACCACCAUCUCUUUUUGCAAAUCAAGAAUUGGUGAUAACCAGACGGAGCAAAGUUUGAACUAUAAAGUGGAUGAGAAAUCACGUCUCAAUCAAAUGGAUCAAAGAAAGCUUUUGAAUCGUGGACAAAGUGAGUUAUCAUGCAAGAGAAAAACCCUGACUCCUGACUUCCUGAAAAUUCCCUACACCACUUUCUCAUAUAUUUUGCAGACAUACAGUUUCCUAUGUAUGCAUAUUGGAGAUUCAGCCUUUGAAUUUAAAAAACGAAUAACAGCGAGGAGUUCGUAUUCAGUAUACACGGGAAAAGAGAUGGCGGCGGCUGACGUAAAAGCGUCCAUCGUAAACGCGUGUCAGACACAAAUUAAAAUUCGGAUUAAGUUGAACCGUCAACUUUCGUUUGAAAGGGAAGGAGCUUCGUGAUACGCAAAUGUUAUAAACUUUUGAAAAAAGUUUUUAUUUUCAGCGCUAGGAAUAUGGGGACAUUAUUUUUGUGACGCCUCGUACAUACCUUUAUAAAUAAUAAUAUAAAAUAAAGUUUCAUGUGUUGCAUUUUCAGCAAAACACGUAAAUACGCCUAUGUUAAUGAUCAAAUUCAUUGGGAAACUAUUAUAGAAACAAAUUAUAUAUAUAUAUGAUAUUUUUAAAAUGUAUAAUUCUGUAAUAUUAUUAUCUCUUAUCUCAUCACGUGUAUAUUUAUUUAUAAGAAAUAAGAAUACAUUAGGAGACAUGUUCUUCAAACAUCGAACCGGCAA